AUGGAGCGCGUGGAGCAGGUGCGCGAGGAGGCGCUCUACUUUAACAACUACGUCCUCGACGCGAAGCGACCGCAGCUGCCGGAGCAUCCCUCGGCAGGUGGUGGUCAUGAUCGAGGAGGAAGUGGGCGUCAUUCGGGAGGGGGUGGAAUGAUGUCCAAUUCGGGAGGUGGAUACUCUCGAGAUCACCGAGGUGACAUGCAUGGAGGCCUUUCCGGCGGCGGUCAUUAUGGUGAUCGCUAUGGAGGCGGAUACAACCGCCACAGCUAUGGAAACAAUCGCUACAGCGGCGGUGGCGGUGGAGAGAAUCGUUAUGGGAUGAAGCGAUCGAGACACUACCGCGACUGGGACGCUCCGGCGGAUGAGAUGUGA